AUGUCGUUAAAUGCAACAGAAAAUGAUGCUGAAAUUGCUCGAAUUUUGGCUGAAGAAUAUAAUAUUGUAUCAGGUUCAUUUAGUCCGAAUUCAUCAAAAUCAUAUUAUCCGGUUUCAUCGGAAAAUUUUAUAAUGAAUGAUACACAGCAAAAAGGAACGUCUUUUUCCGAAACCCAAGAUUGUCUACAACGAUUUGAAGAGGAUAGUGACAUAGCUUUUAUUUUACAAAUUGAAGAAAUUGUUUUAUCAGAAAAUAAAAUUAAUGAAAAAACGAUUAAUAUUACUGAUACUCAAUUAGAAAAAACUCAUGAAGAUAUGACAAAAGCAUUACAACCAACAAAAGAAACAGAUUUAACGACUAGAAUUUUUGGUAUGUUUGCUACUAUACAAACACGUUAUGCUAAUUGUCAAACUAAAAAUCAAGCUUUCAUUGAACAAAUCCAAGGAUUAUCAGUUCAAUUAUAUCCAUUAUUAAUAUUAUUUAAAACACAAGGAAGAACUGGUAUAUCAAGAGCAGCUGUGCCUAGCCUUGCUAUUGGUCUUAUUACGAAUGUUCUACAAGGUAGAAUACAAUUUAAUGAUGCGAAAGAAAUUAUGUUCAAUAUGGUACAAAUAUGGAAUGAAUCUAGUAUAUGGUAUGAAUUUUUGGAACAACUGGUUUAUAUAUUAGUUGCGAUAACUGUACCAUCAUUUGCUCAAGGAGCUAUGGGGAAAAUAAUCGAAAAAAUUUCACUUGUGAAAUAG